AUGUCGUCCACAUCCCAGGGCGAACCGCCCUCCACCACCACCUCUUCCUCCAGCUCGAGAUCAGGAUCUCGCACGCCGCAAAAGAACCAUCCCCAAUCCUCGUUCAACCAGUCGCCCGCUUCCUACCUCUCCUACCCCGUCAGCCACGUCGUCUCCGGCCUCUAUCGUCGUUUCACAGACUCCAACUCUUCCGCCUCGAGCAAAUUCUCCCGCAACACGAACAAUGCCUCGAUAAACACCUCCACCUCCCCUCACGUCUUCACCCCCGUCCGCACCGUCUCCCCCUUCCAACCUCCCCCUCUCACCCCACUCUCCCUCACCAUCGACCACGGCUCCCUCCAACAACAACUCCUCACCCGCGCCCUCGCUGAGGAAAUCCGCCUCCUCGUCCCCGCCCGCCUCCAACUCGUCGACACCUGGCGUCUAGCAUACAGCCUCGACCGCGACGGCGCCUCCCUCGCAACCCUCUACGAAAAUUGCCGCGAAUUCUCCACCCGCAGCCCUCGCGCCGGCUAUGUCCUCAUCGUCCGCGAUGCCUCUUCCCCCUCUGCCGCCGUCUUUGGCGCUUACAUGACCGACCCCCCGCAUCCGAAUUCCCACUACUACGGUACCGGCGAGUGUUUCCUGUGGCGCGCCAGUGUCCUCCCUCCCCCGAGUACACUGGGCCUCAAUGAAGGCCCCCAGUCGGAGGAGCUGCUCGAGCUGGCUGGAUUGCCGCCGCCGCCCAGUGCGGAUACCACGCACGCGACCCGAUUCACGACACUGCGGGGAGAUAAAGGGGAGAAGAAAAGCCAGGAGAUCGAGAAUCGUCUUGCGCCGCCGUUGGUCGAUACUCAGAUGAAUGGCUCCCAUGCGAGUGGAACUAGUACUCCAGAGCGCAUUCGGUUCAAGGCUUUCCCGUAUAGUGGUGUUAAUGAUUAUAUGAUGUUUUGUGAAACGGGUUUCCUUAGCUUGGGUGGAGGUGAUGGUCACUACGGUCUUUGGAUCGAUUCUAACCUUGAAAAGGGUGUCAGUGCCUCAUGCCAAACUUUUGGAAACGAACAUCUUUCCGAUGAGGGUGUCAAAUUCGACAUCCUCGGCGUUGAAGUGUGGUAUGUAGGCGCUUGA